ACCUGUACCGUACCUCCCGCCCGCGAGUCCCUUCUCCACUUGGUACACAUACCCAACCUACACACCUACACACACCUACCCACACCUACCCACACCAGGCACACCUUUGAGCUUCGAAUAUUGCUGAUUGACUGCUCUGAAGCUCCCCCGAUUGCUCCAAAAAUUCACAUCCACCGACACAUCCACCAAAGACACUCGUACGGCGUCCUGCCCAGCGAAUACGAAAAGCUUGAGUCUCCCGAAGUCGCGGCGGUGACGAACAGCGGUACGGCCAUUUGAAAAGCGUGUACUCGUACCUCAUAGCAGAUAUUCCGCCUCCACACCCAACGACCCCUUCGCAGCGACCAGCGACUCCAUGAACGGGAUAUAAACCCUGGGACCAGAGUUCUAGCUCGCACGAGUGUUUUCAGGAACCCCGACGAGGGAAAAAGCGCCCUCGAGAAGACCUAAAAUACCUACAGCUGCUUUAUUUCUGGCGGGAUCUGACGGGGAAGCUAGACCGGUAGCCUUGACUUGUCACGACCCUCGACCCUCGACCCUCGACCCUCGACCCGCGCCUUCCUCAACCAUACUAUAACCAAAAUCGAGAAUAUGCAAAACUCCGGCGAGGUUCCUUAUUCUGCGAGCUCGCCCCCAUUUAUCCUCGAUUCGGAGAUGGCAGGGCCAUUGGAUUCGGAUCCAGUCUUCGAAUUCUUCGACUCGAAUCAAUCAAUCGAAGGCGCGAACAGUCCGGGAAUAUUUUUGGGCGACAAUACCGAUAGUUCACAUUUUAACUAUAGCACUCCGGUACCCUUCGAAUUCAUAAGUCCGGUUCCCAGCAAAUCUUCCCUCGAGACCGGAGCUCGUCAUCAAUUACCCUCCCCUUCGACUGCCUCUCCAACUGGCUCGCUUCCAGAUUCCUCCUCAGACUCCUCGGGAUACAAGCGCAAGUCCAGUUCGGAAUCUUCGCGGGAACCCAUAACGCCAGGCGAUGUCAUGAUGGCAGACGGUGGCGACUGGAGAAUGGAUAUGAUGGGUAAUAUGGUAGCUGGAGACGGUACCUCGGGAUUUGGAACUUUUGAUGGAACUAUCAAUCCUGCAUCGAUGAGUUCGGGGUGCGACUUUAACGAUAAGGUCAUGGACAACGAUUUCGAUUUUGAAAGUGCGGCUAGCAGCCCGAGUCCCUUUGGAAAUGGCCAGACGAACUCGAGUUCACCCAGUAUACCAAUGGUCCAACAUAACAAGCUCCAGAAAAUCUCAUCUGCUCCAAGGCCGAGAGUCGAUAGAACCCACUUAAAGGCAAAUUCAGUAAGUGCGAAUUAGCCCUGUGUUAGUUUCCGUGGCUAACUUGUGCUAGCAAAAUUCUGUAACCCAUACCAUGAAUGGACUGCAUACAUCUGGUUCGCGAGAAGCUUCGCCGCUCUCGGCCAUGACAACAAGUCAGGAAUCUUCUCCCUCUUUUCACAAUAAUUUACCUUCUCCUCCUGCGGGCAUGGAGUAUACACAUGGAAUGAUGUUCCAGAAUAACACACCAAACUCGACUUGGCCAGCGAAUUACGCACCAUUUGCAUAUAAUGGACUACCUACGAUGCAGCCAAAUAUGCAACAAAGUAGACAACCAGGUAUGCAAUCAAGUCUUCAACCGUGUAUUACACCAGCAAUUCACCCAGGUAAUCAACCAGGUAUGCACCCUGGCAUGAAUUCUCAACAGCAGCAAAUGCCUAGAAUGGUACAGCAGCAGGGCUAUUCAAUGUCCCGUCCAUUACAGACCAGAAUGACCAUUCACCCCACUCCAUUAAAGUCUCGUGUGGAGACUCAGAUUCCUAUAAAAAUCACGCUCUACCCUGUGCCACCUGGCAUCACCAAGAUCCAUCUUCCAACUCACACCAUUGCAAAGCCCAAGCUUCUGUCAAAGCCCACCCCGGAACGAUCACCUGACAUGCUGGAACUGUAUACCACUUUGGUAUGUACAAGCGCUAUGAUGAAUCCAGAAAACAAACGACGUGCUUUCGAACGUGCAGCUCAGACGCCCCCACCAAUUAAAGAGGAAGCAAAAUCAGCAAAGUCGGACAAUGGGGAAGCAGUGGAGGAGGAGGAAGAAGAACUAAAAGAAGAAGAUAAACCUUUGAACGGAGGGGACGUCAAGAUUUGCCCUGGGUGUAUAGUGCGGGAAAGAAAGAGGGCAGCUCGAAAGAAGGUCAAGAAAAUUGAGGAAGAAGAAUUGUGGCACAAGGAUGAGGCUAAGCGAGUUGUUGUCUUCAAUUGUUGCGAAGUCAAGGAUUGGGAAAUCCCUAGUCCUCAGGCACGUUCUGAAGCAACUGGAGAUCGUGGUGAGCCAUGGAUUCCCGAAGGAGCGUUACAAGUAGAUGCUCCAAUGCGAAUUGCGUGCUAUUGCCGACACCAAAACGAAAAACUUGGAUUCCAGGUCAUAAUAACGAUCAAGGAUUGGAAGGAUCGGGUAAUCGCCCAGGAAAUAACCACUUCAAUCAUGAUCACGGACGAUCACAAGACUCAUAUCAUGCCAACACUGACAACUCAAACCUCGACUGGUUCGGAUGGCCAACUAUAUUCUAUGGCCGGUCCUUUCCCAAAUGAUGGUACACUUAGUGUUGGUCCUGUUGGAGGUGGAAAUUUUCGUCUCACACACUCGACUACUGAUUUGCAAAGUAUGGCAGGGAACUUUAAUAUGCAAUAUCCUCAAGCAACGAACAUGAAUGUCUCUUCCCAUCCCUCGCAAACAACAUCAGCAACCAUGACACCUCGUAAUGGAUCACGGCAGACCUCGCCAAUCACAUCUACGGGUCCAUUAUCGAAAAAACGAAAAGCAAGUGGAUCGAUACAAGGAAAGGUUCCCAGCGGUCUAGAAAUGACUCGGUUGGAAACGGGACACUCUCCCGGGCAAAUUCAAACUGGCCUGAAUAUUGGUACACCUUCUACAGCAGUGUCGCCUUUCACCCCACAUCUAAGCUCAUUUCCUAUGUCAGAUGCACCUUUUGGUCAAUCUGCUUCAAAUGUCUCUUCCAUGCCACAGCAAUAUAACACUGGUCCUCCCACACCCAAUAGUAACGAUCAUAUGUUCCUUGGAAAUAACAAUCGAUCCAUAUCUAUGGAAAAUCUCGCGAUGGCGGGACAUCCAUUGUUUUCAGCGCCUGUAUCUGCACAUCCAAGUCGGGCCCCUAGUCCAAACAGCCUGAGAAAUGGCCCUUCGUCGUAUCCUCACCAGCCACCUCAGACAGGGCAAGCAUCUGCUAAUGGUAUUUAUGGCAUGCCUCUGAACAUUAACCACCAGCGGCCUCCGACCAUUCAUAAGCUGAUCCCUGGCGAAGGGCCAAGGGCUGGUGGAAUUGAAGUGACUUGUUUGGGAAGUGGAUUCUGCCAGGGACUGGAAGUCAUGUUUGGUGAUGCCAAAGCAACCACGACCACAUUCUGGGGUGAAACUUCACUCGUGUGUCUCUUGCCACCUUCAGCCUUUCCUGGCAUCGUUCCUGUAACGUUCAAAUUCCAACACCAGCAACAACAGAUGCAACCCUAUGCUGCAAAUAUGCCAAAAUCGACAGCUUCCUUCAAGUAUGUGGAUGAUGAUGAGCAACAACUUAUCAGAACUGCGCUCGCUGUUUUAGGCCACAAGAUGACUGGUAAGAUGGAGGACAUACGCGAUCUUGCACGAAGGAUAGUGGGUGACGGCAAUCCGUCUUGGGGCGGUUCCAGUGCCUCACCAUCCGGUGGCUCGGGUGGCCAGCAAAUGUCUGGCUUUAACGCUGCCACUUUUGGUGUUGACGUAGAGGCCACUUUGUUGCGAUGCCUAGAUCUGAUUGAUCUUGAUGAUAGUCCACACAUGCCUCGUCUUAAUCUCAGACGAACAUCUGGUCAGACCAUGCUUCAUCUUGCCUGCUCUCUGGGACUCAAUCGAGUUGUAGCCGCAUUGCUUGCUCGAGGGGCCAACGCCGAAGCUCGAGACAAGGGUGGUUACACACCAAUGCAUUUUGCAGCACUUCACGGCUAUCCACAAAUUGUCAGACGCCUGAUGUUGAGUGGUGCAGAUCCUACACUCAGAAGUCUUCAUGGGUUCACACCUUCUGAUAUGGCUACAUCUGAAGAAGUUCUUCGUGUCACUCGUCGUGUUGAGAAUCACACCAGAAGACGCAGUGGCUCGUCGAUGAAGAGCAGGAGCAACAGUGCUACGUCUCUGAGAUCCGUUUGGGAGCCACUAACACGACCGGAAUCCUCGGACGACUCUGCUGUUAGCGACGACAGCGAUGGUGACAAAGAAUAUGAGGAUGAAGACGCGGAUGCUGCAAAUGAAGGAGCGUUCUGGAUGAGAUCAAUAAGACGCAUGGGUGGCCAAAACGCAAAGUCUGAAGACUCCGACGAAAAGCCCAUCUUAGAAUUACCGGAUCACCCCGGACUCGCAUCGCCAUCAGCUGCUAUGACUGCGUUCCGGGACCAGAUAACGGCUCAGAUCCAACAACUACAACGAACAAUGCAAGGAAAUCUUCGCAACUUACCCCAGAUGCAGAUGCCAGCACUUCCAGACUACCAAAACUACUUGGGAGUAAAUGCUCCUAUGGUUCGCCGAAUCAGUAACCUUGUCCAUCGACAAGAUGGGGCGAAUGUUGCCAAUGCAGGAGCCGGUGCAAAUGUCCCCAAAGAACAUGACUAUAAAUGGUGGGAUUUGUUUUCUGGAACUGUACCAGCUGCACCUCCCGCGUAUGAAGACAUUUUUCCAGGGGAUGCGGAUACCAAAAGAGAAUCCGCCACACGAGCAGCGGCAGAUGCUGCUGCAGACAAUAAGUGCACGGAACUCUUUGAUCAAGCGGAGAGUUCAACAGCAGCGCAAAAACGACCAAUGGUUCUAGGAACUGUUAGGAUUGGCAAGGAGCACAUUGUUACCAGAGAACAACAAGACCGAUUGAGACUUGCUCACGCAGAGAAAGUGAAGCGGCUCAGUCGGGAUAGGAAUCUAUUCUUUAUUUGGGUAAGUGUCAUAAAAUCCUCAUACAUCCUAUUGAUUCUAAUGAAUAUCAGAUUCCUCUUCUCACGGUUGUCAUUCUAGCAAUGCUCUACAACCGAUUACCUCAAGUUUGGAUUCACGUCGCUAAGUUUGUGGAACUGGUCCGCAUCCCUAACAACAACAACCAAGCUCGUAUUGUUGAAGUUUGAGGAUUUUUCGCCAUUAGCGAUAAAAGCAAGAUCUCAUUCUGUUUUGUGUCUCGGAUGUCAAAGUCCUUGAUUACACGGUACGAGUUUCCUUGAUUGGCAUUUUAAUAAUGCGGUACGACGUAUCUGGAAACCCCGAUGAAAUAAAAGCGCACACGCACUCUUGGGGUGUGUAUCACGACCGAUUAAUCACCUCGGUCUUCUUCUUUUUUUCUUUGUAUCAGGGAGGGGAGUUGGGAUUCCAGGGAUGGCGGUACAGCCCGGAAAAGGAGGGGUGAAACGGAUGGGGGAAAGAAGAGUAAUGUAGCGACGCUAUUGCCGUCCACGUGUCGUCUCUACUUUGGCCAUGAGU